UGGUCUCAUACCCGCUCCCCACUCGAAGCGCUCGGUGACAACCGACUCCGCUCGCGAACCAUUACUUGGAAGAGCGAAGCUUCUGUACUUCAGGAUAGGCGCAGGACAUGCCAUGGACAUGGAACUGGACAUUUUUGCUGGUGGUCGUACGGAAGCUCAGUCCGUCCACUCUGCUCUGAAUCCCACAUCACCGAUCUCCACACUUCCGUGCCAUUCUCUGAAGACAUCCGAACUGCUGGAAAUGGUCUGAGAGGUGGCUCACAUUCGAACCAUAGAAACAACUGGGUUGACAUGCUCGUCGGUCCUAUGUCUUGUCACAUCGAAGAUCAAAUUCUCUGACUCCGACCAAUAUAUCUUUGGCACGGGCUAUUCGCGGACUGCGUGCACCACGGAAACGAUGCAUGACCUAUUAGUAGCGUCAAAGACGAUGCAUGCCGCCCUGCGAUCCCGAUGCCAGCCCAUUUUCCGCCAUGUACUCAUACGUGACGAACGGCAAGGUUGACUCGCUGCAGACGUCACCCAUUUCCCACCGAUGCCUACUUAAGUUUCGAACAACCGCGGCUAAAGGAUUAACAACAUGCACCCGUCUGCAGUCCUCCUUCUGUGUCUCACCCUCGUCCGCGCACUACCAUCUCCACGGCAAUCGGAGGCACUGCAGAAUGCCUCUGUCAUGGACCCGCUCCCGAAUACGACGGUGGGGCCGUACCCAACCUAUCAAGUGCAUACGCCUUUCGACCGCGAAUCUUUCAAGCUCGGACUGAUGCAGGAGUGGAUCGAGCUCGACCUCUUCCAUUACGGAUUGGCCAAGUUCUCUCCGCAAGAGUGGUAGCAGCAGCUGGGUGUGAACAGAGACGGAUUGACGCUGAUCCAGUUUAUGGCUAACCAAGAGAGCGGGCACGCGCAGCUGCUGACGAACAUUCUGGGCGAGGGCAAUGCGCCUCUGCGUUGCACCUACAACUACUCUGACGCAUUCACGGAUCCGAGAAGUUACGUGGAUUUCAGUCAGCGUUUGACGAGUUGGGGGGAACGCGGUGUCAUAGGCUUCCUCGCUCAUCUCAAUUCGCGCGACUCGGCGAACCUCCUGCACCAAAGCAUCUCGACCGAGUCACGUCAGCAAAUGAUCUUCCGGCAAUUUGCUGGUGCAUUCCCGAUGCCCGUGUUCUUCGAGGCGGGCAUCCCACAAGCUUGGGCCUGGACACUCCUUGCGCCGUGGAUCCAGUCCUGCCCCAACAAGAGUACCCCCGAGUUCCAGCGGAUCAUGUGGACGAAUUUCCCCAAGUUGACGGUAGUGGAUGAGCCGAAGCUGCAGUUCAAUGGAUCGAUGGCGGCUGUUUCGACCAAUCGCACUGCCUUGACGCACCCAGGCCAGCAGAUACACUUUACAUGGGAGAACCCGGGCCUGCUCGUUGGUCCCGACAAUGCCUAUACGACACAGAUCCAUACCAACGGCACUGCAAAAUACGCGCUUUGGGUCUCUCAAUUGAACGCCACCUACACACCUCUCACGAGCACCGGGAACAACACAGGCUUCACUGUCCUUCCUUCGCCAGCCGCCGAUGUCUACAACACAUCUAUCACGACAGGCGAUCCCAUCUUGAAUGGAACCAACUUCGUCGCGUUGACGAGCGACAACCCAUUCGUCACCAGCUUCAACUUGUCCAUGAUCAACGACUUUGUCGUUGCGGACCCAGCUGUGUUCCAGUUCUCGUGAAGUUUGGAGAGUGCCUAUCAUCGUGACAUGUUCAAUAAUAUAUGUACAGUAUACACCUGUAAUUUUGUAAAUCGGCUCCGCAUUCCGACGACUGUGGUCUGCCAAUGGGACCGAAAGUAACUUGGAUAGUCAUCUACACAUGCACGUUGGAACGUAGAGAGCUGUGUCCUGCGCAAUCCCGGCACCGAUUCCAUCGCAGCCGCCACCUAUUCAAAAGCUGGAGAGCUGCGGGAUAGGACCAAUGAGAACCUCACCAUGAUCCUCGAGCAGCCGCUGGUUUCCAAGUCGGGAAGAGUUAUGCUUGUUCAAAGCUCAGAGGCAGACGACGAAGCCGUUCUGCAGCUGCGACUGGACCCCUCCAUCCAGCGAUUCCUCCACUUCCAUCCGACGACACUCACGGUCGAGCAAGUGCGUGAAAGCCGCCUGGCAUCUCUGCAGGACCCGAGCCGCAUAAUGCUCUCAGUGUACCUCGUCAAUCGCGAGAGUCCUGCGAGCAACCCGAGCCCCCCAACAUUCGCGGGGGAGAUGAACGUCCGCCAUAUCGAGACCUACCGCGGGCGUUCAUGCGAGAUAGGCCUGGCCCUGCUCCCGCAGUUUCUGCGACAAGACACCGGCACGGACGCCGUCUGGACGCUCCUCGAAUACGUCUUCGGGACACUCGGGAUGCACCGGGUGGCUAUGAGCACAUUACCGGAGAAUACGCUUAUCAGGGUCUGGGCGGAGAAGGGAGGGUUUGUGUUGGAAGGGGUGCAACGGGAGUCGUGGGCGGACGGCCGAGGGGGGUACGAGGAUACGUGUUUGUAUAGUCUUUCGGCACAGACUUGGAGGGAGAAGACGCUUCCCUUGGCUGAAGCGAAUUUGAAGUCCAGGGGUAGUCGUAGUCGCUCUCGGCUGCCUUCUUCUCGUUUGUGAAGAACACCAUGCUGAUCGUGAGCGGAACAUUAGUGGCAGUGUUGCAAGUGCAGGCUCCCCAAGAGGUUUUUAACAAGCAUUUAGCGAAUCUAGGCAUCGGGAAUGGGAUGGGAUAUACCUGCGGGAUUCAAACUAGAUGGAUUGGAGGAAAGCCGUCGCGGUGUUGAUCUUAUCAUAUGAUCUUAUCGAUAAGGAGCGAACUCUUCCGUGCCUUGUAAAAUACUGUUUCUUCCUUAAAAAGAUUAUGAUAUUUAUUUUCUAC